AUGAGCCACCAUCCAUCCGUCAAGCAGUACGGCUUGACGCAGAUCUAUGCGCCCCCACGCGGAGAAAUCCCCACUGUGGAUAUCGUUUUGGUCCACGGUUUGAAUGGCCACCCAGAAAGCUCCUGGACCAGCAAGACUACCGGCUGUUUUUGGCCAGUCGAUCUGCUACCUGAUGUCCUUGGGCCUCUGCGACCACGCAUUCUCACGUAUGGAUACAACGCGAACGUCGUCGCCUUUACAGAUGGCGCAUCCCGAGACUCAGUCGUGAGCCACGCAGAAACGUUGGCAUCCUCUCUCGCUGCGAAUCGAAAUCUUCGAAGUUGCCCUAAUCGUCCCAUCAUCUUCAUUUGCCACUCUCUUGGAGGCCUUGUGGUAAAACGCGCUCUGAUCUACUCCCGCAGCGUUUCAAAUGAGAAAACCGAGCACCUCCGCUCCGUGUAUGUCUCAACCUUUGGCAUUCUCUUCCUCGGCACCCCGCACAAUGGCUCAGACAUGGCCAAAUGGGGUCUGCUUCUGCAGAAAAUCUGUACUGCAGUGUUGCCAAAGAAGUUCAUGGAAGGUUCGCCCCAAUUGAUUAAGUCGCUGCAGACCAACAAUGAGACGCUGCAACACAUCAACAGUCUUUUUGCGGACAUCAUGAGCCGAUUCCACAUCUACUUCUUCCACGAGACUCGCUCCAUGGACGUCAAAGGAACGCGCGAGGUGAUAGUUGACGAGUCUUCAGCCGCGCCAUACUUUGAGGGCGUGGAACGAGGUGGAAUCGAGGCGGAUCACAGUCAUAUGUGCAAAUUUGAUGACGAGAAUUCCCCGGGUUAUGAAGUGGUUGCCGAGGCCAUUCUUCGCUAUUCUCGUGAGGCCCCAUCGGUGAUUGCUGAUCGUUGGAUCGAAGAACGCAAAACCCGCUCCCAAGAGAGACAGGCCAAGGCACGAGAGCUUUGCGGUCCGACAGACGACCCCCUUGGUCAGAGCCAUCAUUCUGUGCCGAACCUUGUCCGCGGAGCUGCCACCGAUGGCCGAGAUCCAACGGUAUCUGGGGUUGGCCAAAGCGAUGCCUGCCAUCCACUCUCUCGGUCUCUGAUUCACUUUCCGUCUCAACGAGAGCCCGCACUAUUCGUCGUUCCGCCAGGUUUUCAUCCCAAUGCAACAUUUGUUGGUAUGGAAAAGGCACUCGAGGAACUCCAUAAGCGAUUAUACAAAGCCAAAGCCCGUGCGAAGGGUACGAUGGCUGUUUUGAUCACUGGUGUUCCCGGCUCGGGAAAGACACAUCUUGCAAGACAAUAUGUGUUCACCCAGUGUGAGUGCUAUCCAGGCGGAAUAUUCUGGGUGGACGCAAAAUCUCGGGAGUCUAUCUACAAAUGCUUCUGGGAGAUCGCUCAAGCAGCUACCCUCAUUGACCCCAAAGAGGCUGAUGAGCCAAAGUACCAAAAGCCCCAGACAUACGUCGAUGCCGUCCGCAACUGGCUUCAAGCGCGCCAUGACUGGCUUUUGAUCUUUGACGGCAUGUUGUUCGACACCGACAAAGACAUUAAUGAAUUCCGCUCGUUCCUGCCAUGGAGCACGCGCUGCAGUGUCAUCUACACUUCUAUCAAUGCCAAUCUGCGCAAGAAACAGCGAUUGUUCGAACCUUAUCGCCUUUGUGUGCCUCGUUUGGAGGUCGAAGACGCUUGCCGGCUUCUCUAUCGAGACCUGAGUAUCAGAAGGCCGACAAUCGAGCAGUCCGCCAAGGCCGCUCAAAUAGCAAAGUAUCAUGACUGCUUACCUCUGGCUAUCCAUGCAGUCGGACACCGCCUGAAUGCGACUGGAAUGAGAAUAGAGAAAUAUCGACUCAAAGGUCAGGUCACCGACGAAAAGCUCGCGGAGCCUUUUCUAAACAUCAUGAAUGACCUGUAUCGCCUCGAGCAGCGUGAAGCUUUGAAUCUUAUCAAUUUACUUUCCUUCCUGGGUCAUCAAGUCCCUGUUGGCCUGCUCGUUUUGGGAAAAUCCAUAAUGACGACUGAGAACGCCGAAAUCCUGUCCAGUGCUCAGUCUGGAGAGGAGCCCAAUAUUGACACCACAUUGGGCACACUGAUCAGUUAUGGACUGGUGGAGCGAACAUCGGAUCUGGACAUCCAUUCCCAAUUAAUAACCUCAUCUCAGUACUCAGGCGACGAGAUACAGACCGACCCCAGACCAACCCCACCAUUGACAGAUUCCUUCACCGAGAGCAGUCAAGAGGAAUUCUUUUCCCUGUAUCGAAACAAUUCUGAGGGUGACGUCGUCAAGAUUCACAGCGUCGUGCAGACCUUUUGUCGGAAUGAACUCAGAUCGAAGGACGAUGAUCACUCGGAGGUUAUCAAAAGGACACCCGGGUUUUACGACUCAUGGCUCAUUGUCGCGACACGCUUUCUAUGCAGAUCGUACGAGAUGGCCCGGGAAAAAAUGAGCCAUUAUAACGACUGUGGGCUUGUACGUGACUACCGAGAAUAUGAGACUCAUGCGUCCCGCCUUGUCGAGCUUUAUCCUCGAAGAUCUGUGAUAGAUAGCCACCCAGCGGUGCUUCGUGAGGCGCGUGAAACGUUGAAACAGUUGAUGCGGAGCCUCAGUAAUGAGAUUGAGCGUAUGUCUCCCAGCUCCUCGCAAGAAUCAACUCGUAAUCAGAAAUCAGUGUUCGACCGAAGCAGCAGCUCAUCCUCCUCGUUUCCUGAGUCUUCCCCCGAGGAAGGCUUUUCCUCGCGCCAGUCGACCUUGAACUGGACGGAACCUGGGCUGAUUCGAGCAGCAUCACCCGAGGAGAUGGCGCGGGUCCCUCAAUUCAGGUUGGAGCUGUUUCCGCCCCGUCUCUAUCACCAUGUGGAAUCUGGUUCCGAUGAUGGCUACGAGACGGAUGGCGAUGAUGCAAAAGCAGGGCGUCUGAGAUCUCCCGCGUUGUCGCUCCUGAGUCAAAACACUGAACUUCCACCAGACUUGUCCGCUUCUCAGAGCCCACCAAUCUCACACGAUGGGUCCCAGGAAUGGCAAACUGUUCAACAUCACUCAACGGUCCGCCCGUCAGAGCAUCUGCGGCAGGGUCAGAGAUCAGGCGGGCCUCGGCAAUUUCGAAGUCCACAAUUGGAUGCUCCGUUAGUCCAAAUUUCACCAGUCGAGGGCAGAGGAUCAUCAAGUCGCACAUCAUCUGGGCAGAGCGGAAGUAGCUCCAGUGUUUCUACACUCACUGCCGAGUCUGCCCUGAGUGCCAUGAAGAGAAUCAAUCAAAGACAGGCUUCGUCAGGAAAGAGAAGCAUGUCUGAAUCCAGCGUUUCAUCGGCAAGCAUCGAAAACAUGCCUCCAUACGACAACAGGGCUACUACACGGAUGCCGGUUGCCGACGAGAUAUCAUUAAGGCGUCCAGCAUCCAUGCCUAUUUCCACCACUGCAGACGCACCGUCGAAUGCCCGGACGAUUGCAUCUGCAGAGCUUGAUGGUCACACGGGCCGCAUGUUUGGAUCCCCGCUCGCCCAUGAAUUGAUGUCUCACGAUAUUGUGGCCGAUGAGAUGAGCCAAUCCGCCUACCGAGAAGCUGGUCAUGAGGAGCUCACUCAGUCUUUGACGGCACUGGAUGUCCAUGGCGGAGAAACCACUCUUACAGACUACCGGAGCUCUUCUUUGCAGGCUACUGAAGAAAUGUCUGUCAGUACGCCGACCCUCAUUCCCCAAGCGAUUGCUGUCAGCAAUAUUUCCGCAAGCACGCCGUCUCUCUUCCAAUACGCUCCUUCAAUCUUGCCAUUGGACCAUAACGUAUCAAUCUCUGUCUCGCCUAAUCGCCCCUUUCUGCAGCAAAAUGCCGCGGCAGGGAUCCCAACGAAUUCCGCAAAGGCUCCCAACCCCCUAAGAGUCGCCCAUCCGUCCGCUAUUCUGCCUGGAUCUGUACCCUUAUCCAGUGCUGCGUCUGACUCGAUGCUGAUGGGAGAGCGUGAGCGAGUAGGCUCUGAGCCUUUGUCUCGUCUGUCCUCGACCAUGUCCACCCAGUCCUACGCGACUGAACCUGUCCGCUCGCCGCCUCAGUUCUCACCGCCGUUCGUCUUUGGUAGCCCGUCUGAGGUGAGCUCACCUCUUCCGAUGGCGUAUCAGGGAUCGCUUACAGCGCCUGGUUUUGGUGGCAAUAGCAGUGCCGUUCAGUCACAGCAGAUUUACGCACUGCCUGUGACAACGCACGGAAGGAUAGGCUCGGUUGACGAACGACUCGGAGGGAUGAGUCAGAUGGCGAACUCAGGGUCGGAGGUUGCAGCGUUCCUUCCUUUUGCGGGACAUCGCAUCGACGUUCGGGACCCACGGGUGAGACUUCAAGAAGUGGGAAGAUUUCAGACGCCGAGGAAUAUCCCCUCUUACCGUCUUUAUCAUCCCAAUGUUUCGGGCCCACUUGCUUUGGGGCAUGAACAAGUGUAUGUGCCGGUGCGGACGGCUGCCAUGCCUUUCGUGCGUCCAAGGAGUGGGAGUUCUCCUGCAAACCCCAACCGUACCUCCUUGGACCGAGGGUUUUGA